AUGGUCCCUAAAGGAUAUCUCAAGUACCUGGACUCUCUGUAUCGGGUAAAUUCUCCCAUCGCCUCAACUGAGAUCGCUACCCAAACUGGGCAAUUGGCGGUGUGGUUAAGCUAUAAUCCACAAGUUCUAUCGGACUUCUUGCAUCGUGGUGUUGCUCCGCUGCGUACUCCUAAUCGAGUCAGUCCCCGUCCCAGUCAUUAUGGACCAGCUUGCUUGGAUCUUGUCGGAGCAGUUCUCCGGCAGGGAUCGUUCAUUGAGAAGAUGGUGGGCCUUGGAUGGACUAGGCCAGGAAGGUUCGACCAUUCGAAGGAUUCCGCUCCAUUGGUGAGGUGUAUUGCGAGAUACCAUGCCUUUUUGGACCUCAUGAGUCAAAAUCCGGCCUU